AUGUCUCUUCCACCAUCCUACCAUGAAGGUGUUUCAUGUGACGGAUGCCUCAGCGGCAAUUUCUCCGGGAAUAGAUACAAAUGUCUGCGCUGUUACGACUUUGACUUGUGUCAGGCAUGCUAUCUCAGUAACCGGUUCCGACCAGAGGGAAAUGAUACAACGUUGACUCAUUCAGAAGAUCAUCCUGUGCAGAUGAUCAUGACUCAGCGAGAUUUUGAUGCUGUCUACGAGGGUGACAACUCAAAAAACUAUGAUGCUUGUCGUAUUGCAUCUUUCACGUGCCCUUACUGUGGUUCAAAUGGCUUUAGUUUACGCAGUUUUGCAAGUCAUAUCUUGAGUAUCCACGCCGAACCUCCUGUGCCUCGCGUGAAUGUGAUUUGUCCCAUGUGUAUUGCGUGUCCUGAGUUUGAUGCAAACCGAGAAAUUGACAAUUUGAAAACUCAUUGGACGGCAUUUCAUGCUAACUUGGAAGCUGCGACAUACCGUGCUGAACCGACUAGGACUUUAGCCACCACGCGCCGACCUAUGCUAGCAAGAAGGACCGCACGUCAGCCUGCCGGCGUUGGCGCUAAUUUUGGUGGCACAAAUGCGCAAGCUCCAAAUGCAGCUGCUGCAGCGGGCGGAGCCGCUCUCGGCUUACCGCCUUGGAGUGCAGAUAUUGCUGAUGUAGAUGAAAUGUUUCGUAUGGUGAAUCUCACUCGUCAUAUCCCAACUUUGCCUCAUAUGCCCAUCGCAGCCGAAAUGCAGCGUAUCAGUAAUCAAUUAUUUCAACCAGUGGCAAAUGGUGCGAGUUUCCUACCAGCUCUCAAUUCCUUGCGUAAUGUUGUAGCAAGGAAUAGUGAGUAUGCUCAGCCUCGGAGUUCAAGCUCUGCCAGACAGACAUCUGCAGCAACGGCAAGCCCUAACGCACCAGUUCCGCAGAUCGUUCGACCACUUCGUGUAAUACCCAUUUAUCCGCCCUCCGACUCGCAGGUUGCGUCUCCUGAUGAGCUUGAGCCUUUCGAGGAACUGACUGAAGACGAUUCCAGCGAUGCUGGAGCUUUUGCUGAUGAAGUGGACGUUACACAAGAUGACGAUGACGAUGAGCAUCGGUCUGAAGUGAACAUGGUAACUAACAACGAUGGAGUGAGAUCUCGCCCUUCCUGUGCUCGUCGAAGUGCUGCUGAAGCGCAAGUUGACUCGGAUAGCGAGUUCGAGUUUGCCCCCUCCGCCUGUGAUGAUAAUGAGGAAUCCUUGGAGCCUGGACAGAAUGAGACGGGGGAGCCCAUUUCUCGGAUGGAGAGCGGCAGUAUGACACCAUUCGACCGUCGCCUAUCAAAAAAGGACAUUUGGAAAGCGCUUCGGUCGGCUCUCACCCCAGAAGAGCUGGAAACGUUCAACAGUGUGCUCAGACGUGAAUCUAGCAGAGACGUGGACGAAAUCGAGGAUGGUCCGGCUGCGGGUAUGUCGGGCAGAGAGCGAGAACGAGCGAAAACAGAGGAAGGGCAGGAGUCUCAGAGCUGGUUGAGCCUCAUCUAUGACGUGCCUCCUCUUUCUACCUUCCUGAUGGGCAGCUACUGGAAUGACAAACGUUUUCUCAGGCAAAGGAAACUGCAUCGCGAGAUGAGUAUGACCAGUGGUACUGAAUCGUUAUUGGAGAAAGCGGACAUUGCUCUGGCAAUGAUUCGUGAUAUUGGUGUCGUUGCGCCUAGAGGAAGACAGUACUCCAGCCCAGACUGUUCUCUACGACGAACAUUAGCUCAGCUUGACUUGCCGAACAUGCCUAGCAGUGAAUGUGAAAGCUCAACCAGUGAGGACACGGGAAGUGCAGAACAGCAUCGCCAGGACGCUCUUCUCGUCGCAUCUCGUCGUCUUGAAUCCGAAUCAGACCUUGUUGACGUAGCUGCCGGAGGCGAUUCGCCAUCGACCGAGUCGCCUAGUCAGAUGCAAGAUGGUGCACCAGCUUUACCAGCGACGUCUUCUCAGGCCAGUGGAUGGGUGAGUCAUCCGAAGACGACGAUGUGUCGGAACAGUCGGGUCGUCCGGACGAGGUUGAGUUUCUUGCGAAUGAUACCGAACCACGCGCAUAAUACUACCGUUCUCGUGCGCUUUAUGGGUGAACUCUUUCAAAACCCAAACACAAGUGUAGUCGCCGGGAGCUCUUCUGUGGGUGUCAACUUCAGCACGGUUCAUAUAUCCAUUGUGAAAAGUUGCAAAUAUGUUCUAGUCUUCGAUAUUGUCUUCUUUCUAUGCGAUCCAGUUAACAAAUGCACUGUUUAUUGUAAGUCUCUGCCACCUGGUUUCGGUUUAUGA